AUGAGUUCCUUCAUCUGUACUGGACUCCAAAUUCAUCCAGAAAGAGCAGGUAUUUACCUCCAUAACAGCUGUGCCACUAUUGCACAAAGGCUUUUAGCUUUUUCAUCAAAAGUCAAUGGAGGUUCUAAAAAUUCCGAGACUAAUAGAACAUGUCUUGAAUUCUCACGGUUAAAUGCAAUGAAUUCCUUGAAAGAUUUAUUUUAUCCCCAAGUAAAGAUAAAUCUGCUGAUGUACUCAAGGAACAAUGUCAAGUGUGCAGAACCUCUCUUCGAGUCCAAUAACUCACUUAAUACCCAUUUCAACCCAUUGAAGAAAACUGUCUGGAUUAUUCAUGGGUACAGGCCGAUUGGUUCCACCCCAGUGUGGCUGCAUAAGUUUACUAAGCUCUUUUUGAAAGAGGAAGAUGUGAAUCUCAUUGUCGUCGACUGGAACCAGGGCGCUACAACUUUCAUUUAUAGUAGAGCAGUUAGAAAUACCAGAAGAGUUGCAGAGAGUUUGAGAGAGUCCAUUGAAAAUCUUUUGAUCCAUGGGGCAUCACUUGACAAUUUUCAUUUCAUAGGCGUGAGCUUAGGGGCUCAUAUUAGUGGCUUUGUAGGAAAAAUAUUUAACGGUCAACUUGGAAGAAUUACAGGUCUUGACCCAGCUGGUCCAAAAUUUUCUGGAAAGCCGUCGAAUAGCAGAUUAGAUUACACGGAUGCUAAGUUUGUGGAUGUCAUCCACUCUGAUUCCCAAGGUUUGGGUAUUCAAGACCCAUCAGGACACAUUGAUUUUUAUCCAAAUGGAGGAAAAAAACAGCCAGGUUGUCCUACAUCAGUUUUUUCAGGAAUGAGUUACUUUAAAUGUGGCCAUCAGCGAGCAGUUUACUUGUUCCUCGCAGCUUUUGAAACAAAUUGCCACUUUGUUUCAUUUCCUUGUCGUUCCUACAAAGACUACAAGAGUGGUUUGUGUAUGGACUGUGGGAACCUUUACAAAGAGUCCUGCCCAAGACUUGGUAAUCAAGCUAAGCUAUGGAAAGAAGAGUUGAAGAACAAAACAGAAGAAUGGCCUCUUAGGACCACUGCAUUUUUGGAUACUAGUAGCCAAAAUCCAUUCUGUACCUAUUAUUUUGCUCUCAGUAUAGUCGCUUUGAGUGAAACUAUGAGAAAUGGCACGAUUUCCUUUAGUUUAUUAAAUGACCUUGGAGUAUUGGAAUACCCGAAGCUGUAUGAGCAGAGCAAGCCAUUUGCUAAUCUUCAAGAAGUCAAGAUUCUUGCUCAGUUUCUAAAUGAUAUUGUGAACAUUUCAAGCAUUUGCCUGACAUAUUUUCAGUAUAAAAAUCCUUACUGUUCCACGUGCCAGUACAGAAUACAAAGCCUCAUGUUAAAAUCACUCACACAUCCAGAAAGACCACCAAUUUGUAAGUAUAAUUUUGUACUUAAAGAAAGAGUACAGACAGAACUUGAACCAGAUGCAUGCGACACACAUCCAGUUUAAAAUUAUGGACUAACAAAUUUGUCAACUGCAUCAACGUAACAAGCCACUGCUUUAGAAUGCAUUACUCAAUCUGUAAUUCAGGUAUAUCUAUUUUAAUACAUUUUGGGGAAUCAAAAAUUAAAAAACAAAGUAUGCACAUGACAAAACACAUUCUGACUAUAUUCUAAAGCUCUUUGUUUCUCCUUACCUGCUUCCUAAGUGAAUUUUAGCGAUGAAUGUUUGCAUUUGCUACUUAAUAAUAAGUGAAUAUGUUAAAAGCUCAGUUCCUAGGGGAAAUGGGAAGUUUAGUGCUUUGCAGUGGAGCAGAUUCAACAUUAUUGUACAUCUCUAUUAUGGAAAAAUACCUUUUAAAAAUUUUUGAGAAUGCAUUGUUUAGUGAAAUAAGUUGGGUUCGUGUGAACCUUGUGAAUAUGAAGAACUUGUUACACACUGCAAAUAAGGGUGUUGUGCUAUCGUGCUCAAUAAACUAAUAAUUUAUGGACCU